AUGAGGUAUUUCAAUCAACUAGUUCUCCACCUUCUCUCAAUGAUCUUGUUGACGGAUCCCAAAAAACCGGCACCCAAGGACACGGAACAGUCUUUAUUGUGGUCUUUCAUGGCAUCAGAAACUUUUUUCCCGGUCGAGCCUCAGAAUAGCCUCAACUGGACGCUGAUGGCGUCGCACAACUUCACGCGAUUAGUAAAAACUACCAAGAAAGUAGCCGAGUCCCACUCGGUGCAGAUUUUCUUGGCUCGGGUGACCCAGUUCGACAACACCUCUAACUUCAUCGCGAGCCUUUACCGGAAAGUCGGCCCGCUUUAUCUCACGGUCCGCAACUCAACGCUCGGAGCCCAAUCGCUGGCAAAAUUGGUCAUCGUUGUCGUGGGCGACAUAGGGAACCUUAUCGAUAUGAACGCAACAGAUUCCCUCUGGACCUCGACGUGCUAUUACAUCAUAGUGACGGCUUCGAAUCCGCCAAAUAUUCUAGAGCUGUUUCGAGCCCUCUGGAAUGUCUAUUUCGUCAACAACGUCAUAUUCUAUCCAACCGACGGGAGCGAAGCGGUCAGCAUUUACAACCCGUUCAAAAACGCUUCGGACGUGACCAAUAUUCACUUGCGGAAUAUCCGAGCCAUCAAAAAAUCGGUGGUAAAAAAAAUGAACGAUCUGAACGGUUAUCCUCUUCGAGUGAGCAUGUUCCCAACGCGCACGAGAGCACUGCCUCUGGGCAAUGGCUCCUAUCUCGGUGCCGAUGGAUUUUUACUAACCACACUAGCGAGCAGGAUGAAUUUUAGACCCGUCAUCUUGCCGCCGCAAGACGGUUUGCGCUACGGUUUCAAAGCCAGUAACGGGAGUUUUACCGGCGUUCUAGGGGAUUUGAUCUACGAUCGGGCGGAUAUUGCUUUCAACAGUAUCUUCAUCAAAGAUUACGAGACGACCAAGGUACAAUUCACCCGCCCGAUCGAUUUCGACAAGUUGUGUCUGGUCGUGGCAAAAUCAGGGCUUCGCCCGCACUGGAAAGGCAUGUUCUUGGCCUUCUCCAUCGAGAUGUGGGUAGCGCUUUUCAUCACGUACUUCUGCAGCAUCACCUUCUGGUGCUUCGUCCGCAAAAUCAAAAGCGGCGAGUACUCCAUCAUAACGACCAUCCUCGACUUGUAUCGCAUCUUCUUGAUGUUCCCGAUCGCUAAAAUCCCCAACAUCCAAUCCGAGCGGAUUGCCGUUGUGUCCUUCCUCUGGUUCAGCCUAUCCACGGCCACUAUCUUUCAAGCCUCGAUGGUCAAGUUCUUAAGCUACCCGUCCUACGAACCGGACCUAAACACUCUCGAGGAAGUCGCAGAUAAAGGCAUCCCCGUCAUCACGGCCUCAGAAAACCUUAAAGCCACUUUCGAGUCCGACGAGCCGGUCAUGAGGAAACUCUACGCGAAUCUCGAGGUUGUGCCCGACAAGGGGAUGGACAUACUGGGGAAAGUGGCGACUGAAGGAAACGCAGCGGCGAUCGGGCCUGCUAAUGACUUGGCGGAGAACAUCGCAACCGCGUUCGUGAAAAACAAUAUAAUUUUGCUACACAUCGUGGCGGAUUGCCCCAAGUCGUACCACAUAGCCUACAUGCUCCCGUAUGACUCUCCUUUUCUCGAGUCCAUCAAUAAAGUGAUUUCCAUAUUCGUCGAGAGUGGGAUAAUCCACAGUUGGUACAUUCACUCGACGCCGUUCCGACCUCUCUCGGACUAUCACCAAGUCCAAGAGACUUACAAGCCGCUAACCAUGUCGAAUGUUGUUAUAGCUUUCAUUAUCAUCGGGAUCGGCAGUGGACUGAGUAGCAUUACUUUGGUUGCGGAGAUUAUAAUGCAUAGGAUUAAUCGUAGAAGUAGGGGGAACAGCUCGAGAAAACCACCCUCGGAUAGUAAACUGCAUCGAAGAAGUCAGAUGGUUUAUGAAAUGACACGCAAACGAUUCAAACCAUUCAAGGUGGCGUAA